AUGAUAUUUUCACUGACGAAACCUUGGCUCGCGUGUACUCAAAUCCUAGAUGAUAAAUUUUGGUGCUGCCGUCCCGUGCCGUUGGAUGCGUACGUGCUUGCGAAGUUUCACGGCGCGGUAGGCCCGGAAGUCGAGCAGAAGGAACUGCAGAUGUACAUGUUGGAGGCUCAGACGUCGUGGACUGCGGCGUGGAUAGCUGGGUGUCUUGAGAAGCGUCGUCUAAGUUUAACUCUAAUUCUCCAUUCUCGCCAAGAGCAUGACGAGGACUGGUCGAGCGAGUACGCGGACGAGACGUUGGCGAGUAUCGAGCGCUUCGCACCCGAGGCGAUGACGGCAAGCGACUCAUAG